CUCUCACCUCCCACCUCUUCCAAUCUCUACCCUCUAUCCUACACCCCCCCGAAAUUCAAAAAAAUAACACCAAAAACAAAAUGCCCCCCCUCAAAAUCCUCUGCCUACACGGCUACACCCAAUCCGGCCCUCUCUUCCACGCCAAAUCCCGCGCCCUAAUCAAACACCUCACCAAAGCCCUCUCCCCCACCCACGCCGUGACAACCGUCUACCCAACCGGUCCGAUCCAGCUCCUCCCCUCCGACAUCCCGGGCUACGAGCCUCCCUCCACCAGCACCAGCACCACAUCAACAUCAACAUCAACAGAAGGCGGCAGCACAGAUGAUGAUACCUCGACAGAAGCCUACGGCUGGUUCCGCCGCAGCGACACAACCAACCCCCCCCUCUACUCCGGGCUCGAAACAGGCCUGUCAUCCAUCGCCCAAGUCCUCAAAAACGAAGGCCCCUUCGACGCCGUGAUCGGCUUCUCGCAAGGCGCCGCCAUGGCCGCGCUCAUCGCCUCUCUGCUCGAGCCCGGCCGCGCCGAAACCAUGACCCGCUUCCGGGACCCCGCGGUCGCGUGCCAGGGGUCCGAGUUCUCCGGUGUCCCUGGGUUCCAGGUGCCAGAGGUCUGGGACGAGGUGUGGCGCGUCCAGCCCGCGCUGAAGUUCGCGGUCUGUUAUAGUGGGUUUCGCGCGCCGGGGCCCAGGUAUAGGGGCUUUUAUGAGCCGGGGGUGAGAACCCCGGUGUUGCAUGUGCUGGGGACAUUGGAUGCCGUGGUGGAGGAGGCGAGGAGUAGGGCGUUGGUCGAGGCUUGUCUUGGGUCUGGGGAUGACGACGGGAGGGUGGUGUUUCAUCCUGGGGGACAUUUUGUGCCGAGUCAGAGGCCGUAUUUGGAUGCUGUGGUGGGGUUUGUGAGGGGGGUUUUGGCGGAUGAGGAGGGGGCUGGGAAGAAUGGGAAGGGGAAGGGCGUGAUGGAGGAGGAUGUUAAUGAUAUGGAUUUACCGUUUUGA